AUGGCCGCAAACUUAAACGCAAACGAUGCUCUCAAUUUCACCAGUCUUGGCACUUCUGAACUUCCAAGACAAGUCUUUGCCGUUGGUUUAGGUGGAGUGUUGGGGCUCAUAACCUGGUACUUUAUAUACUUCUAUGUGGUGGACCUGGUAUUCGAUCGGAUGGACAUGGCGAGGGCCGAAAGGCGGGCCGAAAGACAGCGUCGGAUCUUGAGGCUUAAUGGUUAG